AUUGAACUGCACUCAACUCACUUGCAAGCUUUUGAAAGAAAGAUAUGAGCGACAUGCUAGAAGAAGAUGACAACAUUAGCCUUGGAGAGUCAGAGCCUGGUAUAGACACAGCUGCCGAGCGCCCCCGCUUCAUGCUUUCUCUAUGGAAUGAAAAUACCCCCUCGCCCCUCGCCAACGCUGUGACAACCUUGGGACGGGAUGGGCAAAGUCUAUCUCCAAGGCCCCAAACGCCCCUUGAAUCCCGACGACAUCAAUCAGAUGACGACGACAUCAGCAUUUGUACCCUAAAUGACCGGGGCUAUGCAGCUGCUGAGAUGGCAUUCGACCAGAACACUUCCUCAAUUCGUCAGAACCAUGAUUCAGUCGCAGCAGCUGAGUCGGACCUUAGCCUAAUAGGUUCUCACUUGCAAUACAAAGAAGCGACGACGAAGAAAAUCUCAAUUGUUAAAUCGCUGGGACGGGAUGUGUACGGGUCACUCGAAUACUUUGCUGGGAGACCUCAAGGAUCACAGUGGUUGCCAGUCAAUCAUCUUUUCAGGAUUGUCACCAAAGAAUCCGUCUUCCAAGCAUUAAAGGAAUCAAUUCCCGAAAACUCGGAGCUUCGCGAAGCAGAUUUGAGGAGAUGUGCAGAAGCUGUGUGUCCUCCAAGUGGUCCAGAGAAUAACGCCAAGGUGGGAUCCAGAAGCGUAUUCGCAAUUCUCACGCUUUUAGAAAAGGUAGGAGAAAUUCGGCAAUUCAUUGAACUCGAUCUCUCGGACGACAACUUGCCAUUUGUGCCAGAUCCAAAUCAACCUAGUCCAGAUGGACAAUUGUUCCCAAAAGGCUUCGAUGAUGAUCUCAAGAAACGAACAUUCGGCAGCCAAUGGUCCCUCGGAGAAUGGGGUGCAUUCGAGAGAUACCAAAGAACAAUGCGAUCCCCCUAUUUUGCAAUUGGUCUCAGCGACAAGGACAGAGGGAUACCUCAUUACGAGUUGGAGCCCGACACAGUUCUGCCCUUCAUCGCAGAAUCUUCAAAUACGUCAUCUGUUGUGACAUCGAACAGUCACGUGCGGCGAGUACAGAUUCAUAUGCACCAUCACGCAAUGCACAAGGGUGUUGCCAGUGGAAACCCAUUCUUUGCCGUCAAGGAAUUACUUGCUGGAUCUGAUAAUAAGAAGAAGUUCAGCCGCGAGAAGAAUUUUCGCGAAGAGGUGCGCGCUUGGGCAAAGACGGUUGGCCUAUCAAGUCAUGACCACGUCAUCAAGCUUCUCGCAACUUGGAGAAAAGGAGACAGUUGGAAUAUGCUGUUCCCAUGGGCCAGAAGCAACCUGAAAGACUACUGGGAGCAAAAUCGCCCAGAAAGGUCGCCGGAGUUUGUACACUGGAUUUCCACGCAAUGCCGAGGCCUCGUCGAAGGUCUCAAGAAGAUCCACAGGAGCCCUUCAGAUUUUGCAGAAGAGUUUGGAAUCCAUGGAGAUAUCAAGCCCGAGAACAUCCUAAUUUUCGAUCACAGCUCAAAUCCAUACGGAAUAAUGGUAAUUAGCGACUUUGGCUAUACGCGCUUUCACGGGAUAAACACGCGGUCGAACGCUCCUGCGAUAGGCUAUAGUCCGACUCACAGAGCACCAGAACUUAAUCUUCAAGAACCUACUACUAUCUCCAGGUCGUACGACAUAUGGACUUUUGGCUGUGUAUUCCUCGAGUUCAUCACCUGGUACUUGAAGGGACCCCAUGGAAUUAGGGAUUUUGUGGGUUGUCGAACGGCAGAUGACACAGGUGCACCAGCAGGUUUCAAGGAGGAUAAGUUCUUCAUUCACAGCAAUAUUGAAAAUAAUGGAGAGAAAGAGCCAGUACUGAAACCAUCAGUCAACAAAUGGAUAAACCACUUAAGAAAACAACCCUACUGUGGUGGCUACUUCAGAGACUUCCUGGACCUCAUUGUCAAGGAUCUUCUGCAGCCUAUACCCAAGGAUCGAGAAAGUUGCGCCAAGAUCGCCAAGCAACUUAAGGAACUGGAGGAUAAGUGCAAACCCGAACCGUCUGAGUAUCUGAUGGGCCAAGGUUGUGCAACGACAAGCUCUCGUCCCACGUCAAGCACGAAUCACCAGUCUAGUCAGAAAAAGGCUGUCUACAAUGCACGAGCAUAUUCUCCAGUACCAGGAUCCUUCUGUGACGAGACUUGGGGUCCCAAAAGCGAUCGUGGGUCACUCAACUGUGCAUCACAUGGAGAGAUGAACAAUAUUGCAGCUGUCCUCUCCAGGGAUAGCCCCCCACACACUCCACAGAAGAUGGGUCAGGAAAGUCAUCAGUCGCAAAGCAGUAGUCCUCGUAUGGAGCUGCAGGGCCAGCCAACUGAGCGAACGCCACUCAUUGCAUCAAUCACGAAGCCAUGCUCCUGCUUGGGCGAAGAUUCUCAUGCAACAAUAUCAGGGGCCCAGCCUUCAAGAGAGGCUAGUGAGAGUAGCACUCGUUUGAGAAGUCAUGAUGGGCCUUUCAAGCCCCAUGAAAUGACUGCAGAUCCCCGUACACGGAACGAAGCAUUGAGUACAAGAGACCUAGCUCUUUUCUGUCUGUCUACAGUGAUGGACAUUGGUGUGGGUUGAAGGACGUAUUUCAAUGUUGCUUUGCGUCUUCAGAAGACACUAGAUUUUCGCGAGACAGCUAGAUCUCCAUUCAGGGCUGAGGCGCGAAUGAUGUCCAGUGUCUUUGUCUGGGUUUGGCACUUCGCACAUCAGGUCCGAUGACUUUUAUAGGG